GCCGUAGUAAUCCUGAGCUGAAAAGUUGGAGGAUAGCGCAAUUUGCAACGAGAUAGUUUGGCAAGUGAACCAUGUUCCCAAGGCGUUCUGUUAGAAGUAUUGUCGACUACUUGAUAUUGCGUAAAUUAAGCCGUUCAACGAUUGGCUUACCUUUCAGUGCGAGUUUCGCGAACAUCCGGAAUCACAGUGCAGAGCGUCUUCGAGCACGGCCAAUGCUAUUAGCUCGUGGGAACCCUACAGGCCAUGGCUUAGUUCAAAGGAGCCAAAACCGUCGUAACACUAUUGCCGGGGCAUUCCUUAUCACCAUAGGCGGCAUCGGCGGAUUCCGUUUCGUGUCACUUGUGAAGCCGUCUAUGGGCCAAAUUAAUGACGACAGCAGUACAACCGAUGUGACUGAAACUACCGAUCCGCCAAUCGCGCCUAAUAUCAAUGAGAAAGCUUUUUUCCCCAGCCAAGACCUUCUAAAGACCACUCAGCAACUGUCCCUCAGGUCUACCCAUAGUUUGAUCACUGGAUUAAGUAAAACCAAUACAGCUGCUCGGGUAUCGUCAGAGCCAAGUGAAUGGACUGGAAAAGAUACAUGGAGUCGGGAGUUGACUGUGGGCGUUAUUAGAGUUGGGACGUACAUAUCUGUUGACGCAAUUGCAGCAGGACCGGAGGCGGUCGGAUCAUGUAUUCACAUCAGCGGAGUGCUCCUUGCCCGCAUUCAUCGCCCUAAGCAUCUACGUGAUUCAUGUUUCGUCAGCAUACGCGGCAUUCUGCAUGCCGCAUCGGCGCAUCUGCAAAGUGCUGGCUACCAUCUUCUUCCUCAUCAGCCUAUCUUGGUUUCAAGUACCUCUUUCAUUUUGAUAAUAUUUAAAGGCAUGGUCCGCUUUACCAUCCUCAGUCUAUGUAUCGGGUUCUUGGCAAUGACGUCCACCACCGCCCAUCCGCAAUGGAAACCUGCUGGGAAAACAGAUGCAAGGUCCCCUUGCCCACUUUUGAACGCAUUGGCAAAUCAUGAUAUUCUGCCCCAUUCUGGCCGCGACAUUGACCCCACCACCCUCACAUCAGGCCUUUUGAAAGCUGGUAUCGACACUGGCAUAGCCAACCGCCUGGUGAGCAUCACCAUGGGUAUGACAGGCCGAGAAACGCCAAGCGGCAAGGUUCUGGAUCUGGAUAUGUUGAACGAACACAAUCUCAUUGAACAUGAUGCGUCGCUGACGAGGUCAGACAGCGGUGUCGGUGAUAACUCGGCUGUGAAUGAAACUCUAGUGGAACAACUCUUGGCGUUCAGCAAAGACGGCAAGACAAUCGAUUAUGAUGAUAUGGCUAAACUUCGUCGGCUACGAUACCGGCAAUCCCAAGCAACUAACAAAAACUUAACAUAUGGUGCUUGGCAGUACCUUCUGGCAUCAGGAGAGGCUGUCUUGUUGAUCGAGACGUUUGGGGGAAAAGAGCAAAAAAUCCCAAUUGAGACAGCUCGUGAGCUGCUCUUACACGAGCGCUUUCCUGAAAACUGGACGCCCAAACAACCUCCCACAGGACGUUUAGGUCUAUUUGCCAAUGUUGCAAAGUUGCGAUACAAAAUGCUGACGUUGCCAAGUCAUGAACUUGAAAAGCAGGAGCUGAGGGACGAACUCUAG